AUGCUUCCGAGGAUUCUGGUGAGGGCCAAAUCGACAUGUACAAAGUUCCAUCCGCUUAAUGAUAACUAUAAAACGUUGAGGCAUAUCCACUUUCCUGGAAUUACGCCUUUCCAGAAAGGCGAGGCCAUCCAGGCCCAGAUGGUGGCAGCCAACUUGGAUUUCAAGAAGAUGGAGGCGAAAAUACGCAAACAGCAAAAGGAUUUUCUUGACCAGGGGUUUGCUCUUUCGGAUUAUGAAGAUAAGUUCUUGAAACAGGUGCUUCUGAUGAAACCGUUUCCUACUCUUUUGACGUUUGAGUUUGAUAAUGUGUAUACUGGAGGGAAGCAAAUGAAACAGGACCCGCUGUUGGUGCAAAAGAUUCACGAGUACGAGGCUUUGGGGUGUAAGUACCACCAGCUUGAAAGAGGAGGCCAGGUUACGUGGCAUGGCAAUGGCCAAAUGACGGCUUACUUGAUAUUGGACUUGAAACAGUUCAGCCAACUCACAGUGAAGUGUUUUGUGGAUGCCGUGUUGCUUCGGGCGGUACAGAAUAUGCUAGAGAAGAACUACGGCCUUGAAAGUCAUACGAACGAUAACCCUGGCGUGUGGAUGGCACCUAACGACUUGAAAAUCGCUUCUGUGGGCUGCAACAUCCAGCGUGCCAUCACCUCGUAUGGAGUUGGCGUCAAUAUCAAUCCAGAUAUGAAGUUUUUGAAUACUUACACCAUGUGUGGGUUGCCAGGGACCAGAGCCACCUCUUUGAAGGAGUUGAAGCCCGAUGCUGACCUUCUGGUUAGAACAGCUGGCGAUUUGUAUGCUAAAGAAAUCGCCAAGUUGCUUAACAUCACUACAGUCGAACAUAUGGAUGGCCAAGACCUUCUCGCAGAGGAACUGUAA